GUAACUGAACAAAGUACACACUAAAGAUUUUGAGAAAUAGAAGAGAAAAACCCCGAGGUACAGAAAGAGAAGUCUUGCUGUGACGCUGCUUCUAACUUCACAGAGCAACAUCACUUAAGGAAAAAAUGUGGGAUCAUUUUUAAUCCAAAAAUUUGCCUUAUGGUUAUAUAAGGGUUUUUCUGAGUAAAGAAGCAUGCCAGAGAACACUGGAUGCCCUUUUUUUGUCUGGGGAUUUCUAGCCUUCUUGGGUUUGGCUCUGGUUAUAUCGCUGAUCUUCAAUAUUUCUCACUAUGUGGAAAAGCAGAGACAAGAUAAAAUAUACAGAUACUAUGAUGACUUCAUUUCCAGGGUUGAUGAGUAUUACACUGAAGACACACCAAUUUAUGGUAAUUUAGAUAAUAUGGUCCCAGAACCAAUGGAUGAAAGUUGCUAUGAACAAAUGAAAGCCCAUCCAGAGAGAUCGGUGAAUAAACUACAAGAAGUUGUCCCAGCAGCACAGGCAGCCGCUGAAGCACAAAUGUGCUAUGCCACACUGGAUCACAGCUAUAAGGGGAAGUGCAGAAAGCCCAGAAAACAGAAUACUGAUUUGUCAGAGAAGGAUGAAGAUGAGCAAUUACAGGAAAUGGAUGCCAGCAUAUCUAAGACCACUUUGGUCGACAGUUCCCCACCAGAAAGCCAGGCAAUAGAGGAAAACAUUCAUGAUGACCCCAUCAGACUGUUUGGAUUGAUUCGUGCUAAGAGAGAGCCUGUAAAGUAGCCGGUCUAUGAUCUAGCUCACUGAUUUGCUCUUACUGGAGAUGUCUGUUAAAGAAUACAGGGUCCCCACAUGAUACAGGGGGACCUGGCAGAGUGGCGGGCUUAUCGUUUAUUGGUGGGAUGGUGGUUUACCUCUGAUCUGGACAUUACGUUCACAUCAAAUAGGAAUAUCAUGAAAAUUAGUAAAAAUGCCUACAUAGUUAAAUGUGAAAUAAAAUCCGCUUUGCAAAUUCAGCCUGUUAACAAAGUCACAACUUCACCAACAGUGCUUAAUAUUCAGGGAAAUAAAUAAUUUUUUAACGUGUAAGUGUGUUCUAGAACACAUUGAAAAGAAAAAUAAAAAUCAGUGAUUUUUCUAAAAAACAUUUCUCCUUUCUCACCAAUGUGAAAUACUCCCUAUUUAGGAGAAAUUUUUGAUGGUAAUGCAUGGGAGACAUUUUACAUUACUGAGAAGUGGGAUAAUCUUCUUAAGUUUUUUUCCCAAAUGGAAAUUGCUUUAUAAGUUUUAAAAAUUAUUUUACAAUGCAUACUUCUUGUAACAAUUAGACAAAUAUCAAAAAUAAUUUAGAAAUUCCACUAGUCAGGGAUAAUUAUUAGCAACUUUCUGUACAUCCUUCUGUAUUAUUCUGAGCAUGCCCAUAAACAUACAUCAGUUGUUUGGGUUUUUUUUUUUAACCCAAAAUAAAGGGAGGGUAUUUUAUACCUAUUUUCAAAAUUUCUUUCACUUAGCAAUAUGUCAUAGAUUUAUUUCCAGUUAUAUUUAACUAUUACUAGAUAUGGUUAAUAUAUCAUAAUUUUUGUGUCUGCUUAGCAUCCCAUUGAUGGCUAUAUUAGAAUUAAUUGAAAUUACUUUUGAAGUAUAUUUAGCUUGUUUCCAACUUAUGAUUUUUGAUAAGUAUCUUUCUUUACAUACUUAGCUACUUUUCUGACUUCUUUUUUAGACUUAAGGUCUAGAAAAGGAAUUACCGUGUUAAAAGGUAUUCACAUGUCACUAAUUUACCUCAGAAAAAUUGCAACAAUUUAUAUCAUCUCUAACAGUUCAUGAGAAUAUCUAUUUUCCCAGACACAUGCCAACCAAAUUUCAUUUUUCUUUUGUUUCAUACACUCCUAUUUGCCAAUUUUAACUAUGUAUUACUUAAUUUCCUUUCCUAAGGUUAAUUUUCUUUUCAUAUGUUUAUUGACCACUUACAUUUCUUCCUUUGUGAAUUGCCUAUUCACAUUUUUUCUUGUAGUCUUUUUCUUAAAACUAUGUGAGAGUUCUUUCUGUAUUAAGGAUAUUAACAUGUUACCUACAAUUUAUUUUGAACUUUUCCCUCAGUUUGUCAUUUGUGUUUUAAAUUUGUUUUGUUUGUUUUUUUUGUUUGUUUCCUGUCGUUAUAGAAAUGCUUUUAAAAUAGGUCACUCUUCCUUUGUGGUUUCCACCUUUGGUGCGAUGCUCAGAAAGCUGCCAACCUCAAAAAUUUAAAAUUAGCUGCCUUUUAAAUCUCAUUUUUAUAUUCAAUUAUUUAAUAAUCUGGUAUUUAUUUAGGUGUAAUAAAAAUCUAACCUCAAUUUCCCCUCCAAUUUUUAACCAAUUUUUCCAAUGAUUUACUGACUGAUGAUUUACUAAAUAAUUCAUCUUUUAAUCAAUGAUUUGGAAUUACCUUACCAUAUAUCAAAUUCUUAUCUAUUCUUAUGUUUAUUUCUGCUCUUUCAUUAAUUUGUGUACUGGCACCAGUGCCAGAAUAUUUUAAUUAGUGAAAUUUCAUAUAUCUUUUAAAUUUGUGGUGUGGCACACCUUCAUUCAUAUCUGAUUUCCUAAGCUUUAAUUAUUUUCAGAGGUGUAUUAUUCCAAUUGAAUCCAAUAGUUUUGUCAAAUGUCACCAUCAAAACCCGUCCAAAACCAAAUCUAAACUAAAAAGAGAGGAUGGGGGAAGGAAUGGUUUAUUGUAUUUAAUCAGCAGGAACAUGAUAUGACAGUUUGAUAAGUUUCUUCAAAUAGAAUCUUCUCAUUUCUUAAAUUUACUCCUAAGUAUUUUAUGUUUUUUCUUCAAUCAUUAUAAUGAAGGGAGUUUUUCAAUAUAUUUUCUAACAGGAGGAAAGAAAAAAAUUUAAAGUGGGAAUGUAGAUAUGAUGUUCUCUUAAGAUCUUUUCCAGCUUUAUAGAGUCUAUAUAGUUUCCCAAAUACAUUGAGAAGGCCAACUAAGGAAACAGCAAUAUUAAUCAGUGACUGCUUUCUUCCACAUGGAGGACUUUGAAAUAUGCUGAAUUUGCAGUGUUCCAUAUAUUCCUCUCUAACAGGGCUACAGUGUUCAUUUGAAAUGGGAGAACACUAGAUAAGCAAGUUUGGCUUUGCCCUGGAAUAUGGGCACAUUGUUAGACUUUUCUGGAAGUUUAAUUUUCUCUCUUUGAUCAAAUCUUUGCGACACCAGAUUAUAAAAAGAAAUCUAACAAAACUUUUUUACCAGUAAGUUCUUUUCUUACUAAUGUUAACUGAACGCUGAACUGUACAAUAUAGAUUAUGAUAACUUAAAGUUAACUCAAAUACUCUUUAGCACAAUUCCUUCCUAUAAUGCAAUAGGAAAAUGUAAAAAGACACUUGAUAUUCUAGGCUAAAUGUUGACUCUGUGACCAUGAGUAAAUGCUUUUCUAUGAAUAUAAUCUUUUCAGGUGUGUCUUCCCCCAAGCUUGGGUAGUUUCUGCAUAUGCAUAAUUGGCACUAAACUGAUUAUCAAGGUAGACCCCUCACAGAACUCCAGAGUUCUUGCUCUUUUCGGCUCUCUCAUCUCCAGUAUUCUGCCCUGCAUACGUUAGUUUCCUUGGCUUGUCUUACCUUGGAGGUCCAUCUCCUCCAUUCUGGGAGACCACUGGAUUAUAUCUAGAUGCCCUAUGCUUGCACCAGGAAUUGAAAACUUUCUCCAGACAAUAACAUAGGGAAAUAGUAGGAUUUACCUUAUUUGUUUCUCACCUUUCAAGGCUCAUCAUCAUUCAUUGCUUGAUGUUCAAUGUCUUGAGGGCCAUUGUUUCAUGCCUUUUGACUAUGUGUUUACUGUGUUUAGUGGCAGGGUAAACCCAAAGUCUAAUUCCAUCUUGACCAAAGGAGAAAUCCAAGCCCAUUGUAGCAUUUUAAGUGUAAUUUUGUAUAUAUAAAAGCUAACUGGUAUUCUUUGAAAUAUUCAUUAAGCUAUGAAUUACUGAUCACCAUGCAAUUAUUAAUGGACAUAUACUUAACCUGUGGCAGUUAUCAGGGCUUAUAUUCCAGAAAGAGUAUUAUUAUAAGCUUUCAUGUUUCAACUGAAAAAAAAAUGUACAGAGGAAAAUAAAAAUAAGAUUUGUGAGUAGAAAACAGAUUCAUCUAAAGUCUUGAGAUUCUUUCUGAAAAUGUUUUAAAGUCUCAAAAAAUUCAACUCAAAUCUCAAGAAAAAGAUCUAUAACCCAUUUCCCUUUGGUAUUAAAAGGCUUAUUUCUGACAGUAAAAGCAGGAUAAUUAGUUUUGAAAUACUUUAAAUCCAUCUCUGAGCUUUUGCCCUCACUUGAUUCAGAGAAUAGACACUUUAUAUUAAAACACUGAAAACAGGGAUCACCAAAUUGAGAGAAGGGAGCAAGAAAGAAUACAGAAGAAAGUGCACUCCUAAUGCUGCCUACCAUCCCUUCACCCCUUCUGGGGGAAAUUACCCCACUCGCAGCAAGUGCUCCUCCUGGGCCAGGAGUGGGUACCUGAACCAAGACAGUAGAUUUCAUCUUCUCAGCCAGUCUGUAUACAGGAGGAUGGACAGUGAUAGGCAGAGCUCAAAGGAUGCUGUAACAUAGAAUCGGGCCUUGAUAAGCAGGUCACAAUUAACAAGGGCAGAAGCGAAGAGUAAGCACAUGAUGACAGCUGGUUGAGGAUGAGUUCAGACUCCAUACUUAAUCACAUGAAUCAGCUAGUGUGACAACCAGCAUUUAUUGAUCACUUGCUAAAUUCCAGACACUGGUUUAAGUGCUUUAAUUGGGUAUCUAAUCUAAUCACAGAACAUUAAAUAUAGAUAAUAUUAUGAUCUUAAUCUUAGUGAUAAGGUAACUGAAAGAAGUAAAAUUUAACUUACUAAUGUCACACAAAUAAAUUGUAGAUUCAAGAUGCCAACACAGGCUCUGUACAUGAUCCCUACAUGGGUUCCAAGUACCCUGGGGCUGUUUUUGAAUUAUCUUUAUAACAACCUAUUUAAUUUCAGUAAUCUCUCCCCUCACUAUAAGUGCUGCUACUGGGUCUCUGUUACAUGAAAUCAAAAAAAGGCUAACUCAAACAAAUUGAAAGAUGACUCCUUAAAAGUUUUGAAAGAUAGUGAUAAUUUAUGGUAGCUUUCACACACUAAGAAUUCCCUAGUUUAGAAAGAAUCCAAAUACAAGUCUACUUAAAUGCUAGUCUGUGCUUUCAAUAAACUCUAACAUGCAUACAACUCUCCUGCAAAAUUUUCAUGUUAAAGAGAUUUUACAGGCAAAUGUUUUAGCAAUGCCACUUGCUUUAAAAUAUCUUUGCUCUUCCUUUCUUUAUCAGUUUUCCACCCCACUUGUAGGGGAAAAAAUUAGAAGUCAUCCCUUUGGUGACGUCAGAUGCUAAAGUCAUGUUCAUUCUCCAAAAACAGACAAAACUCAAAAGAAACCGAAAAAAAAAAAAUCCAAUGCUAAAGCUUACCCUUAUUUUUAAUCUAAUUUAGUCUAAAUUUAUGGUAGAACUAUUGCUUGGUGUUUGGUCCCAUCUAUGGGGAAUGAAAGUUAUUGCAUUUGAAAUUAAGACAAUCGUUUGUUAUUUAAACCAAAUUGGAAAGACAAUGGGAUGGGAGUCUUCAUCGAUAGGCUUCUUUGCCACCUCUGAGGAAUGGCCAAGUCUCUUAAAAUGCCAGUGUUUCCUUUUUCUCAUAAAACUUGAGAAUUCAGUGGAAAUUUGUUUUUAUUUUUUUUUUAAUCCAAAUUGAUUGAGAACAGUAGUUAGUAGAUCCAUUGGAAGUCAAAACUGAAGUGAGGAAUCAUAAAAAAUUAUACCAUAAACACUUAAACUGCAAAUGUAUGAACAUUUAUUCAUUAAUCUAUCAAUAUAGGGCCAAAGUCUUUUCUCUGAAUAGAUCCACUGACUGGAGUUCUGUGCCAUCUUGCUUGGUAUAUAUCACUGUCCAUAAAAUGUUAUUUAUAAUCACAGCUUAAGUUUUGUAAAGUGGAGCAAGAACUUAAAAUGUUUGUUAAGAGAGCUGUGUGUAGAUCUAGAUUUUUUAUUUUUCUUCCAAGACUUUGAUAAUUAUUUUGCCCCCACUAAAAUUGCCAGCAAUUUUUUUAACAAGGUACCUUUAUAGAUUCUUUGCAAAGCAUUCAACUUAAUUAUCAUAGAAUAACUACCCACACUCAUAUUUUAUUAGAAUACAUAACAAUUAGCUAGAUUAUGUACCUACAAUAACAAGUAUAGCUAGCAGAAUCAAGUGUAGGGACAAGCACCAUUGAUUCUUGGUAAGCAUACAGCCCUGGUGGUGGGAGAAGUUCUAUGGGCUAUGAAAGAGUAGGCUACUGGCCAUGAGGGUUUUGAAUGCUGUGGUUUGAGUUAGUGUGUUGACAGAGGGAAAGGAGAGUGGGAAUUAAUCCAGUGACUCGUGUAAGUAGAGUUUGCUUAACAAAGCUUCUAGUUUAUAAAUCCGAGUCAAUUUUACAAAAUGACUUUAGAACACUGUAAAGAUCUCCCAGACCCAUAGAAUCUUUCCCACACAAGCAAUAGUAGUACCUGAAAUUCUACCAUUAGAAAACACAAUUUUUGGAUUAAAUUUUAUCUUACCUUUUAGUCUUUUUACAAAGAAUUGAGAAAGAAAACAACUAAACCAACUGGGGCAAAUUGCCGGUUAUCUUCUAAUUUGCAUUCUUCCAUUCUUCCUUAGUACACAAUCUUGAUUUUUUACUGGGCAUAUAACUGCUGGAAUAGUAUCAUCCCACCCCCCCCCCCCCCACACACACACACACCCGCAGCUUAGUGUGGCACUCUUUGACCCUCGUUUCUCCUGGCUGGAAUAAGGAUGUAAGGGCUGCAGUUUGAGCAGCCACGUUACACCAGAGGUUGGGUGCCAUGGGCUGAGGAUAGCAGAGGAACAAGAUACAGAGAUUCUGAGUCCCAACUCCUCAUUCCAGCCAUGGGCCACCUACCUUCACCCUACUUUAAUGUGAAAGAGAGAUUUCUGUUUCCUUUGAGCCUCUGUUAUUUUGAAUUUUCUAUUACUUACAGGUUAACCAAAUCUGAGUAAUAGAUCCACAGACAUCUUGGUUUCAUUUUUCAGCUAGCUUUUCUCCAAGAGGCAAUGAGUGCUAAAAUAGUGUCGACUGGGGAGUGGUGUAGUUGGCAGAGUGAAAACAAAUGACAGCCAUUGGUAAUUUUCCCUGGGCUGACCCUUUCCAUACCACUCAGAAUAUUCUUAGAGAUAAAAGAGAAGCCAGUUCCCUAUAAGAUGAAUAUUGAAAUGUCUCACAAAUGCACAAACUUCUUUCCUCUCCAUUAUAAUUUAGAAUAUUUUAUGCAUGACUGAAAACUAAAUUGGCAUAUAAUUAUUGGUUACUAUAAUCACAAACUCAGGGGAAAUACAAGCAAAAGAAUAAAAUUGUACCUUCAGGAGAUACCUUAAAAGAAGCUAUUGGGUGACAAGUUUGAAGAUAUUUUAAAUAAAUGUCAAACAACUUGUUUUAAAAAGACUACCGAUUAAUCUCUUGGUUAUUUCCACUUAAUUCAUUCUCUAAAUCUUACUAUCAAAUGACUAAGAACAAUAUCACUUACUGCAUUUUUAAUUCCCAAGGUGAUACCAGCCUGCUCAAUUCUCUGAGCCUCAGAAGGUCAUAGAAGAUGAGGUUCUAGCACAGACCUGAAACAAGCGGCCACAGUGUUCAACACUGAGUACAGGUUAAAGGACAGGGAUAGAGGGUGGGACAGUCAGACCCUAAUCAGGGGGCAGGAGCUGCAGUCACUGGCAGUAGGGGAGGUACAAGGGCACAGAAACAUG